GUUAAGUUGUGGAAAAUCUAGAGACAGCGUAAAUCUUUAGUCUUUCCUCGGCCGUGAUUUAGUAAAGUUGUGCGUGUCGCCAAAAUUUCUAGUGUAUGACAAUGUUUUAACACCGUUAAUAAGCAUAUUUUUAAGUGUAUUUUGCUGAGUGAAUUUUUGGUGAUUUUUACUGUGUUAAACUUUGUGGAUUUGCAUAAGCGCAAAGGAUUAGCAGUAUGGCAGCGCGCUGUCAGCUUUAUUGGUUAGCGCUCGUCGCCUUAGUAAGUGUGUCACUGGCGCGUCAUGAGGAUUGUGGAAAUGCGCCCCAUGCUGAACACUCCUCGGUACAGAUUGUCGAUGAAGAGUAUGUGGUUCGUGCCAUUUACACUUGCAAGGAAGGUUAUGAGUUGAGAGGUGCCGCGGAAUUGAUUUGCGAUAUUGAGAACGAUCUUUGGGAUGUCGAACCGCCGAUUUGUGUUAAAGGUGAGCUUUCAAACGAGGUCAUCACCGCUGCCAAUAAUGAACGCGCUAAAAAGAAAAAGCCACAGAAUAUAAUUGAAGACACCCACAUCUCAGCCGAGAUGGCUGCCAAACUGGAUAUGUCUUGUGUGCAGGCUAAAGUUGCAGCGCCAGAUGUGAGACAUGGUUAUGUAAAGAAAUACGAUCGCCGACGUAAGGGAGAACAUAUUUUCCUCGUGGCAUUGUAUGCCUGUAAUGAUAACUUUGAGCUGGAGGACGCUGAAAUAGCCACGCUGUACUGCAGUCAACGCAAGUGGGUUGGUGAGCUGCCAACAUGUGUGGCGUUGGGUGAAUACACGGAUGCGGAUGAAGACGAUUACGAUGAAUAUGAACCAGUCGAUGGUGAGGACGAGGGGGAUGAAGAAGAUGCAGCCGAAGAGUCCAUUGAUAAUAAUGUAGCACCACCGCCACCACCACCACCAGUAACGGCACAGGUUGAAGAAACCGAACAGGAGAUAAGCAACGAAAUCGAGCCUGUUGUGCAACAAAGCCAUCACGAGGGGAGUGAAAGUGAAGCGCCUACCGCCACUGAAGCCGUGCAGCCAGUUACCGAUGUCAAUAUCGUCGUCGCCCCAACCCAGGAUCCAUAUACGCCGCGCUACCUUGACGACGAUUGCGGCGCCGACAAAGGCGGUUGCGAACACAAAUGCGAACGUUUGCUCUUCCCUGGCGAAAAUGAGCCACGUCUUAAGUGUUCUUGCUUUGACGGCUUCAGUUUGGACCCUAACGAUUAUGCCAGCUGUCACGACAUCGACGAAUGCGAGCUGAAUAAUGGCGGUUGCGAACAGAUUUGCAACAACUUACCCGGCUCUUAUCAGUGCGCCUGUGAGCCGGGUCUACAAAUUGAUACACUGAAUAGCAAAACUUGCGUUGAUAUUGAUGAAUGCGCGCAACCAGAGUUGUCCGCGCAAUGUGCCGGUGGCUGCGAGAAUACACCGGGCUCUUAUCGCUGCAUACCAGCGCUUAAUACGCCAGACGAAGCAACAGAGGAGCACACAGACGAAGAGAAUCCCACUGACGAAGAUGAGCAAGUAGCGAAGGAAGACCAAACUAAAACUUCAGGCGCCGAUGAAGACGAAGCCGAAGAGGAGGACGAUCAGGGAAUUAAACGUAUCUCGGAGAGUGCGCCCAUCUGCCCCACCGGUUAUCGGCCAGGCGGUGAGAACUCUGACAGCUGUGUCGACAUCGACGAAUGCGCUGAGGGCACAACUGGCUGCGAACAUUGCUUAAACACCGAGGGCUCCUACGAGUGCACUUGUCCCGGUGGUUAUGAUCUAGCCGAAGAUGAGCUUAGCUGUGUUGAUAUCAACGAAUGUGAAGUUAUUGUAGAAAACGAAGAUGAUGGCGAUGCUGCCGCCAGUAAGAUUUGCUCGGGUGGUUGUGAGAAUACUUUGGGUUCUUUCAUUUGUACUUGUGGACCUAAUGAGCAUCUGCUAGACGAUCGCCGUACUUGUGCGGCCGACACUUGCCAAGACUUAAACAACCCACAACUGAAUAAGUCCCGUUGCGCCCAUCAGUGUGUCGAUUUGCCGAGUGGUGUUUACGAAUGCGUCUGCCCGGAGGGUUACCACUUGAGUGAGGACUUGCACAAUUGUGAAGUAGUGGAAAAUGUGUGCACUGCGUUGGGUGGUUAUGAACAGUGCGCACCCGGUUCGUGUGUGCCGAAUGAGAAUAACAGCGCAUUUAGUUGUGAGUGCCCAGCGGGUUAUGUGAACGAGGCGCAUCACUGCACAGACAUCGACGAAUGUCAGACUGGCGUGCACGAGUGCUCGCACGAGUGUUUCAACAAUUUGGGUUCGUAUCAAUGUGGCUGUCCAGUGGGUUUCGUUUUCGUAGAGGGCAGCAACGAGCACGUCUGCACCGAUGUCGAUGAGUGUGCGGCAACGCCGGAUGCGUGCGGUAUAUUGAACUGUGUGAAUAAACCCGGCGGUUUUGUGUGUCUCUGCGCGGAUGGCACACCUCCAGACGCCGCUACUGGAGCAUGCCAUAUUGCGGAUCCUUGUGAGGCACACCAGUGCUCACACCAAUGUAUUGCGGAAGGUGUAGGCUUCAAGUGUAUCUGUCCGGAGGGCAUGUUGCUCGCCGACGAUGGGCUGCAGUGCGUAUACAAGGACGUUUGUGGUGACCAAAAUAAUGGUUGCGAGCAUAUUUGCAAAUCGGAGGAGGAUGGCGCUUGCGCAUGCCAGAGUGGUUACGAGCUGGCGCCGGAUGGCAAGUCGUGCGUGGAUGUGAACGAGUGUGAAAUCGGCAAUGGUGGUUGUCAUCAGGUUUGCAAGAAUCACGCAGGUGGGUACGAUUGCGCCUGUGAGUUGGGCUUUGAGUUUCUUGAUGGGCCGCUCAAAUCCUUCUGCUUCGAUGUCGAUGAGUGCGCUUUGGGCUUGCAUAACUGCGGCGAGGGGUUGCUUUGCGAGAAUCUCAAUGGAUCGUACACAUGUAUAUGUCCGCCAGGUUUUGCUUUGGGCUUACCGCCAGUAUAUGAUUCGCUUCGUACACUACCCUCUACCAUACAGCCAGCUGCCAAGCACUCAUUUUUCACUUACCCAUCACUAUCAUCGCUCAUUUUAGCUUCGCCGUCCAUUUCAAACAUACACAAUCCAUCACCUUCAUGCUUAGACAUCGACGAAUGCUCCAUCUCAAAUGGCAACUGCUCGCAUUUCUGCUUGAAUUUUCCCGGCAGCUUCCAGUGCUCCUGUCCACCGGGCUUAGCUCUGAGUCCGGUAGACAAUCGAACUUGCUUGUUACUGAACGCUUGCUUGCAUAACAACGGCGGCUGCACGCACACGUGUGACUUUGUGCCAACGAUGGGCCCGCGUUGCCGCUGUCCGCCGGGUUAUGCGAUUGCGCGUGAUGGCCGCACCUGCCUCGACAUUGAUGAGUGUGCCACGUCAAAUGCUGGUUGCGGCCAACGCUGUUACAAUACACCCGGUAGCUUUGAGUGUGCUUGCGACGCGGGUUAUGAGCUGGUGCCGAAUGGGCUCGGCUGUGUUGAUAUCGACGAAUGCGCUAACGGUUUUGGUAACUGUACUUUCAUCUGCGUAAAUCUUCUAGGUUCAUACGAAUGUGGCUGUGAGGCUGGCUUCCAACUAGGUGACGAUCGGCGCACCUGCAUCGAUAUCGACGAAUGCACCUUGGGUCGACAUGACUGUUCUCACAGCUGUGUAAAUGUGGAGGGCGGAUAUGAGUGCGUGUGUCCGGCGGGUUAUCUGUUGGGCGAGAACAAAGCGACCUGCUUGGAUGUAGAUGAGUGUGUAGGUGGCGAGCAUGGUUGCAGUCAUGGCUGCGACAACAAAGCAGGUAGCUAUGAGUGCAACUGCCCCACGGACUACACGCUUGCGGCGGAUGGUAGAAACUGUAUUGCAGCAACCGCGCCGGCAGUUGAAAUUGAUGUGCGUGCGAAUGAACUGGACUCCGAGGAUACAGCGCUUAUAGAUGUUUGCUUGCGUGAUAAUGGCGGUUGCUCACAUAUUUGUAAUCCCGAAACUGGCUGCUCGUGUCCCAGUGGUCUUGAGCUAUCCGUCGACGGUAAAACCUGCGUGGAUAUCGACGAAUGCGCCUACAAUAAUGGCGGUUGUGCGCGCACAUGUCACAACACGGUGGGUGGCUUCCAAUGCCUUUGUUCAGACGGUGUGACCGAGGAUAAUGGUGAAAGUUGUGUCACCGUCUGUCCGCCUGGUUUUACAGUGAGCACAUAUGAUCCCACUAAGUGUGUGGAUAUUGACGAAUGUGCAACGCCUGGUCUGUGUCAGUACAACUGCUUAAAUAGUAACGGCUCGUAUGAAUGUAUCUGUCCGCAAGGUUUUGCCUUACGCAACGGACGCGACUGUGAGGACAUCAACGAAUGCUUGCUGAAUAAUGGCGGUUGUGUGGGCGGUGAGUGCAUCAAUCAUAUCGGUAGUUUUCAGUGUAAGUGUCCGCUGGGUCUACGCUUGGCGAGCGAUCGUCGCACCUGCGAACGCGUGCCCGAGUUGCGUGACCAAUGUGCGCCCUUCGCUGGCCUGGCUAACGGUGACUUCCAUUGCACGAAGUAUCGUCACAAGAAGAAGCAUUUCUAUAAUACACGCUGCAAGGUGUGGUGUAAUGAGGGCUAUCGACUACAAGGUCCCACACAUCGCUUCUGUAAUGCCUCCGGCAACUGGGAUGACUUCGAAAGUCAAUGUGUGCCUACCGCUUGUCCACGUCUACCGGCACCACUUAACGGCGAGCUAGUACCUGCCCCCUGUACAACUGGAAAGGUAUCUGCCGGCGGAAGUUGUCGGUUACGUUGUCUACCCGGUUAUGUGCCACUAGGCUUAAGUGUUGGCAUAUGCACUGCGGAACUGACCUGGUCCAACAACGCUUCCUUUGAAUGUGCGCCUGUCGCGAGAUCUCCCUUACUACCCGAACUGCCGGUACUACCUCGUCUGCCUGGGCUCGGUUCACGUGCAUUGCCACCCAACAGUGGUUUCCAUGGCUUCUUUGAUAGACCAAUAGUGCCACAGAUGCGACCACAACCUGGUUUUGGCGUUUCUGUAGCUGCACGCCGUCCCUUCAUUAAAUGUCCGCGCAAUACCACAGUUUUCCUCGCAGAAGGCGCUCGUACUGCACACAUUAUACUACAAAAACCGAUUACCAAUAUGGAUUACCGUUACAUAGAGUCUUCCCCAGCUUGGACGCAUAAUAUGCAAGCUCAUUUGGGCGCUGGUCGACAUGUUGUUACUUUCCGCGGCCAAGAUCCGAUUUCAGGCAGACGUGCAAGAUGUCAGACGAUUAUUUAUGUAGAGCACGCCGUCUCGCCGCACGUGAAUUUCUGUACACGCUCUUUUGAGGUUUCGCUGAGUCCCAAUCAGUUGCAACGUUCGGUGGUGUGGGAGGAGCCACGCUUUGAGAGCACCUUGGGGCCGAUAAAGAAGCUCUACAAAUCGAGGCUUCCUGGCGAACUCUUUAAUGCCGGCGUUCAUCCCGUCUACUAUGAGGCAACUAAUGAACAGGGCAUAACAGCACGUUGCGAAUUCCAAGUCAUUGUUAAAGAAGCCGGCGCCUCUUCAUCAAAAUCAUUGCCCAGACUCGACUUGGCUCUCCCUACACCAGCUGCUGUGCCCCAAAUACCACCUGCGCCCUUAAGACUGCCACCAGCAGCGCGAGGUAUGCGUGCCAAACUACUGCCAGGACACGAGUCUUUUGUUAUUUGUCCAGGACGUCAGCCCGUCAAGGUUACGGACUCGCAAUCUGUGACUUUAGAAUUUGGCUGCAUUUUGAAGAAUGUUCGUCAGAAAGCGACACACCAUCGCGCGCAACGUCGUCUGAUCACCACAAAUUGGUCCGAUUUCACUGCCUUCUAAUCCAAAUUGAUGCAGUUCAAAAUUAUUUUAUACUCAAAGUAAAGCCAGAUUUUACCAGAGAUAUGUGUAUUUAAAUAAUUUGUUUUUGUAUUUUAAUUUUUUUACUUUGUAUU